AUGCAAGGUAAUUUGUCUGCUUGGCUAGUCAAACACGGAAUAGUUCAUAGAUCUUUAGGUUUUGAUUAUCAAGGAAUAGAGACUUUACAAAUAAAGCCCGAGGAUUGGCAUUCGAUUGCUGUUAUUUUAUAUGUAUAUGGUUACAAUUAUCUACGUUCCCAAUGUGCCUAUGAUGUAGCACCAGGAGGACUAUUAGCGAGUGUCUAUCAUCUUACGAGAAUAGAGUAUAGUCUAGAUCAACCCGAAGAGGUAUGCAUAAAAGUAUUUACCCCAAGGCAAAAUCCGAGAAUUCCUUCUAUUUUCUGGGUUUGGAAAAGUGCAGAUUUUCAAGAAAGGGAAUCUUAUGAUAUGUUAGGAAUCUAUUAUGAUAAUCAUCCGCGUCUGAAACGUAUUUUAAUGCCCGAAAGUUGGAUAGGAUGGCCUUUGCGUAAAGAUUAUAUCGCCCCCAAUUUUUAUGAAAUACAAGAUGCUCACUAA